CACAGGAAGUGACCCUACGGGAGCCGGGCUGGUCACAACGAGUUCUGGUUCUGCGCCGCCUGGGCGGGAGGGAAUGAAUGGGCGCUGAGCUGGGGGCGAGCCGGUUCUGGAGACCUUCCUCAGGUCUGCGGGCCGCCGCAGCAUGGAGGACGACGCGCCGGUGAUCUACGGCCUGGAGUUCCAGGCACGUGCUCUGACACCUCAAACUGCAGAGACAGAUGCCAUCCGGUUUUUGGUUGGGACGCAGUCUCUAAAAUAUGAUAAUCAGAUCCACAUCAUAGACUUUGACGACGAGAAUAACAUUAUCAGCAAAAACGUGCUCCUCCACCAGGUGGGCGAAAUCUGGCACAUCAGCGCCAGCCCGGCCGACAGAGGCGUGCUGGCCACCUGCUACAACAGGACUGCAGACAGCAAGGUGCUGACGUGCGCUGCGGUGUGGAGGAUGCCCGCAGAGCUGGAGCCCGGCGGCCACGAGUCCCCCGAGGACGCAGCGAGCCCCGCACACGCCCUGGAGCUGCUCUGCCACCUGGACCACGCGGCCCGCGGCAGCACUGCCUGUGUCGUAUGGGAGCCGGCAGGGGCCGGGGGGAGAGUCAUCUCGCUGGCCGACAACCAUGUCCUGCUCUGGGAUCUGCAGGAGAGCGGCAGCCGGGCGGCGCUGGCCAGUUCAGCAUCCCUGGAAGGGAAGGGACAGCUGAAAUUCACGACGGGACGGUGGAGCCCGCAUCACAACUGCACGCAGGUGGCCACGGCGAAUGACACAGCCGUCCGAGGGUGGGACACGCGGACCAUGAGCCAGAUCUACUGCAUCGAGAACGCGCAUGGCCAGCUGGUGCGGGACCUGGACUUCAACCCCAAUAAGCAGUACUACCUGGCCAGCUGCGGGGAUGACUGCAGGGUGAAAUUCUGGGACACCCGAAACGUCUCCGAGCCCGUGAAGAUGCUGGAGGAGCACUCCCACUGGGUGUGGAGCGUCCGCUACAACCACUCGCACGACCAGCUGGUCCUCACGGGCAGCAGUGACAGCAGGGUCGUCCUCUCCAACAUGGUGUCCAUCUCCUCCGAGCCCUUCGGCCAACUGGCGGACGACGACGACCUGAGUGACCAGGAGGAGCGCCGGCCAGAGGAGAAGAGCCAGGAGCCCCCACAGGACAGCGUCAUCGCCACAUACGAGGAGCACGAGGACAGCGUGUACGCCGUGGACUGGUCCUCAGCCGACCCCUGGCUGUUCGCCUCCCUGAGCUACGACGGGCGGCUGGUCAUCAACAGGGUGCCCCGGGCCCUGAAAUACCACAUCCUGCUCUGACCGCACGCCCCCACCCCCCCGGCGGGAGAGCCCGCCUCGCCUCCCUUGGACGGUGCGGGUGCUUGUAAACAGUGAGGGGGCUCCUGCCUGCUGCCAGCGGCACCCGGAGUCUCCCCUCACUGAGGACAGAGAUGCCCCAACCCGAGCGGGGACCCGACCCCGCGCUGCGUGGCCUGGUGCCCCCCUGGCCACCGCUGGCUCGCCGCCCGCUUUCUGUUCUCUGAGGACGUUGCGAGCCUCACUUUAGUUUGUUUCUGCACCGUUGGCCGGUCUCCCAAGAAUAAACAUGAAUGAAGCAAGCAGGCCGUGCUGCCUGGGCCCCGGCUCGUCCUCUCUGGAGCUCUGCCCCUGGUGUGGCCUCAUCGCCUGGGGCCUGUUCAUACUCUCCGUCCAGGCCCAGAAGAAGGCAGAGGGGCCUCCCACGCUGCGUCCUGGCGCUGACCAGCCUGAGCUCAGACUGUGGCCUGGGGGAGUCCUGACACUGUUUGUGACCAGGGGUCCCCUGCGCCGUUCCCCACAGGGUCUCACUGAUGGCAUCCUUGUCACCCCGACGUCACGCACAUGCUCCGGGGCCACCCCCAGCUUACCUGUUGAAACCCCGAAUUGCCGGGUCAGCCCCACCCCCAGGUGACCCCAAAACUCUGAGCCCAGGACCCUUGCCGGCUCCUCCUCCUGUGAGUCCAGGGUGUGUUCUGGCCGCGGCCUCCCGGGCGUCCCACCUGUUCUGAGAGGGAAAGACUGUCCCCAGGCGGCUGUCAGGCUUGGGCCUUGUUCACGACAGGCUUCAAUCUAAAAAUGGACUCGUUCUAAGUGCGGAAGCCGGCUGGCCCCACCCUGUCUGUGCGGUGUUUCCUGACUCUGCUGUGAGCCCGGAGGGGCACGUCUGGGUUUUGUUUCUUCUCUUUUGGGUGAGAGUUUGUAGGGCAGGUGGGGGCUGUGGGGGUGGGCGGACAGGGGUCCUGUUCCAGGUGCGACCUGCCCGUGAGGAAUGGGCAGCCGCUCUGAGGAAGCCCCCCCCACCCCAGUUCAUGUCACUUGGGAGAAGACUGUUAACAGGAGUUAGUUGAGGCCUCCUGUGUGGCAGGCGCUGGGAGAGCUGCAGGUGCCGCGGGGAAUGAGGCAAAGAUCUGCGCUUACGUGGGGUCUGCCACCCUGCCGGCCACCCUGCCGGCCAGGGGCUUGUGGUCUGUUGUCUGAACACAGGCUGGAUGCCCGGUCAAGUGCAGAGCAGGGCUGCGGGGAGCCGUGGGGAGCAGGAGCGGGGGCCUCGCAGGGCAGCGAUGUGGUGCAGACACCCAGGUUUGGGGAUGGGGCUGACCGUGUGGGCGCACCACGGGAGGGCCCAGCAAGGGGACGGUGUGCGCAGGCCCUGAGGUGGGGUGGCCCGGCCCGGCCAGGACGCAGCAGGCUGGUGGGACCGCAGGGCUUGGCCCUGAGGACCUGCCCUUCCUGUGAUGAAGCCGCUGAGCGGGGCUGGGGCUGGGACAGGGGCUGGGGCCGGGGCAGGGGGCUGGAAAUCACGGUGGAUGCCUGGUGCCUCUGCUUUUGCUCUGUGUGUUUCUGUGUGAAGUCGGUGAAUUUUAACACAUGUACCAAGUCACAUAACCACCAGCGCAGUCUACAGGCAGAGCAGCUGUUCAUGACCCAAAACUGCCUCUGCUGCCCUGGGGGCCUCCGCCUCCCCCAGCCGCAGCCCCGGGAGCCCUCAGUCCGUCUGUCUUUCUGAGGGUGUCCUACAAAUGACUCGGGUGGUGCCUGAUUCUCUGAGACUGGCUUUCACUCAGCACAGCACCUGUCAGCUCUCCAGGCUGCUGUGUGUAUGGUCUUUGUUCCUUUGUAUCGUACGCUGUUGGAGUCCUCUGGGCGCACCGACCACGGUUUGCUUAUCUGUCCACCGUAAAAGGCCAGUGUGUUGUUUCCAGUUUUGGGUGAUUAUGAACAGAGCUGCUGUAAA